CCAUAUUAAACCACCACCCACAUUCUCCGCGCCUGCGCCGAUGCCGUGGGCAAGGCAUAUAAAUGCUAACUUUUCUGACAGGCACGUAUGUACAGUUCCGGAAACAACACUGUAAACGAUUCCGUGAGUCUGCCCGUAGCGUUAAGCGAUAUAUAUGGUAGUUUUAUUCGCUACCCUAUUGUAAAGUUUUACUGUGGAAGAUAAGACACAAAUGCGCGUCCGAGGCGAGUUGAUGGUGGCAUGCUAACACCUAGCCACCUAGCCGCGUGUGGCUAACCGGAGUAGCCAGUCAACAUUGGGAACAGCAGACAGAAAAGUUUUGAAUCAAAGUGAUGGACGGUGAGCCAGAGGCAACCCCAGAACGAAUUCUCCUGGAGCCAUACAAAUACUUGUUGCAGCUGCCAGGAAAACAAGUGAGGACAAAACUUGCUCAAGCAUUCAACCAUUGGCUGAAUGUUCCAGAGGACAAACUGCAGGUGAUCAUCGAAGUGACCGAGAUGCUGCACAACGCCAGCUUGCUCAUCGACGACAUCGAGGACAGCUCCAAGUUGCGGCGAGGCUUCCCCGUGGCCCACAGCAUCUACGGCAUUCCCUCAGUCAUCAACUCUGCCAAUUAUGUGUACUUCUUGGGUUUGGAAAAGGUGCUGACGCUGGAGCACCCAGAGGCCGUGCGCGUGUUCACCCGGCAGCUGCUGGAGCUGCACCGCGGUCAGGGCCUGGACAUCCACUGGAGAGACACGUACACGUGCCCCACCGAGCAGGAGUACCGCAACAUGGUGCUGCAGAAAACCGGAGGGCUCUUCGGCCUGGCGGUGGGCCUGAUGCAGCUCUUCUCCGCUUGGAAACAGGACCUGAAACCACUCCUGGACACGCUGGGCCUCUUUUUUCAGAUCCGGGACGACUACGCCAACCUGAGCUCACGUGAGUACAGCGAGAACAAGAGCUUCUGCGAGGACCUGACGGAGGGCAAGUUCUCUUUCCCAACCAUCCAUGCCAUAUGGUCGCGUCCAGAGAGCACCCAGGUGCAAAAUAUCCUCAGGCAGCGCACCGAGAACAUGGACAUCAAACGCUACUGUGUGGACUACCUGGAGAAGGUCGGCUCGUUCGCGUACACCCGUCAGACGCUACGUGACCUGGAGGCCGAGUCCUACCGACUAAUCAGGGAGUUUGGGGGAAACCCUCAGCUGGAGAGCUUGAUCAAACUCCUCAGCCGCAUGCAUCAUGACGCCGAAACGACAGGAGAGUCCAACUGUGAGCCGCACUCCAGCCAGAACCACUGAACUCUGCACCGACACCCUGCAAGUUUUAUGCACAUUAUUCAUCCAUGAAAAUAUUGUAGAACAUGUUCACAUGGUGGUGGGGCCCUGCAGUCUUUGGUCCGUUUGCUUCUAACAGGGAAAACGUUCCCGUCUGGUUCACAUUAUCACAGAGAGCGAGAGACAUUUCAUUUCCUUCCAAAGCAACAUACCCAAUCACUAUUGUGUGAAUGAGGCGACAUUUUAAAAGCACUUCAAGCACCUUGAAGGUAGACGCUAUAUAAAUGAAGCCCAUUUGCCGUUUUCUGAAGUCACUCUUUAAACCAUGCAGAUGUUUUGAGUGCUGCAGUGACACACGGGUCCGCCACUCAUAUGCCUACUUGUUAUGCAACAUAUUGCUAUUACAUUUAAACUAGCGAGCUUGUUUUUUUAUGCUUUGCUUUGCCUGUUGGUCCAUUGUAGUCCGGCUAUGAAUCAUUGCAGGAUUAUCAUUUAUAUUUUAUUUUUCUAACGCUCAUUGGAUUUGUCAUCGUACACAAUCAUUUUCACUUUCAAAUGUCCAUCUACAAAAUAAAGGUUCUUCAAAGAUUG